GCCUUGCUAGUGAAGAGAUGGAUAGCCAAGAAUUCGUCUACUCUUCCCAAACUCACUUGGACACCAUUGAUGGCCUUGAACCAUUCAAUGAUAGCUUUGUUCAAGGAUUCGACGAUUUCAUGUUUUCUGAUGCUGGUUUUUUCGACAAUGUGUUUGAUUCAGAUAUUGGCUUGUCAUUAGACGCAAUAGUCAGCUCUCCAGGCCUCAACUUGAGCUUGGAGGAGGAGGAAGAAGAAGAUAAUCAUGAACAAAAUGGUAGCAAAGGGGAUUAUUCGGGUUCAAAUACGAAGCCUAAGAGAGACCGUUCAAAAACCCUAGUGUCGGAGAGAAAGAGGAGGAGUAGAAUGAAGGGGAAGCUCUAUGAGCUACGAGCACUAGUUCCUAACAUAACGAAGAUGGACAAAGCAUCGAUAAUUGGAGAUUCAGUAGUUUAUGUGCAAAGCCUCCAAGAUCAAGCUAAGAAAUUGACAAGUGAAAUAUCGGCCCUUGAAUCAUCGUUGUCAUCAUCAAAAGAAGAUCAAGCGUCUGAAGUUGCCAUUGAUAAUGAGUGCUGCAAGAAGAACAAUUGUGGAGGGAAGAUACUAAAUGUGAUGGCUCAUGAAGUUGGAGAAGGGAGAUGCUAUGUGAGGGUUGAGUGCAAUAAAAGAGAUGGAGUAGCAUCGACUCUUUAUAAUGCAAUGGAAUCGCUUCAAUGCUUCCUUAUGGAGAAAUCUAACCUCUCUUUCAAUUGUGAUCGGUUCAUUCUAACAUUGACCUUGAAUGUGAAGAAAGCUGAGGAGGUUAUGACUGCUUCUUCUAUGAAGUUACAAGUGAUGAGCGCUCUUCUCAAGGAAGGAUUUUGGUACCAGAUGUAGAAUUUGUAAUUCAAAUUUUCCUAAGCUCAUUUCUGCUCUUUUUGUUUGGCUUUCUGGAUUAUCUUUCAGCUACCAAUCUCCCAAUGUACUCACUUUGAGGAUCUCGA